AUGUACCAUGACCUCAAGAGGUACUAUCAUUGGGUCGGGAUGAAGAGGGAUGUAGCUGACUGGGUUGUGAAGUGCAACACUUGUGCCUUGGUUAAGGCAGAGCAUCAGGUUCCAGGUGAUCUUCUGCAGAGUGGAAGUGGGACAGGAUCACGAUGGACUUCGUGGUGGGAUUUCCUAUCUCAAUAUCCUUUGAUAGCUCCAGAUGCAGCUAACGAACCUCCUCCGUGCAUCUCGCCACAUGCAGCUAACGAUCCCGGUGAUCUCGGACGAGACCGGAUUUGA